UGCAAAACACGCCUUCUCAUUUACUGUCAAAAAGGGGAGAAAUGUUGUACGGAAGCAAGACAGAUUUUUGAUAAUUUUAGGCGAUUUCAAAUUAUUAGAAUUUAUGUAGAACUAGCAAAAUGUUACCAAAUAGUGCGUAUGUGUUUUUAAUUUAUUUUCUGUCCGCUCUAGUCUUCACAUUAGCCGGACGGGACUUUUACAAUAUACUCGGCGUAUCACGUUCAGCUUCCACGAACGAAAUCAAAAAAGCUUACAGAAAACUAGCAAAGGCGCUGCAUCCGGAUAAGAAUCAGGGGGAUCCCGAUGCGUCGCAGAAGUUCCAGGACCUGGGGGCGGCGUACGAGGCGCUGUCUGACCCGGAGAAGCGCGAGCUGUACGACCGCUGCGGCGAGGACUGUCUCAAGAAGGAUGGCAUGAUGAACAACGCCGACCCCUUCGCGAGCUUCUUCGGGGACUUCGGCUUCCACUUCGGCGGCGAGCAGCAGCAGCACGAGACGCCGCGCGGCUCCGACAUCGUCAUGGAGCUCACUGUCUCCUUGGAGGAACUGUACAAUGGAAAUUUCAUUGAGAUAACUCGUAACAAGCCAGUGAUCAAGCCAGCAGCGGGCACCAGGAAGUGUAACUGCAGACAGGAGAUGGUGACGAGAAACCUCAGCCCCGGCCGCUUCCAGAUGAUGCAGCAAACUGUCUGCGAUGAGUGUCCUAAUGUUAAGUUAGUCAAUGAAGAAAGACUGCUGGAAAUUGAGGUAGAAGUGGGUGCUCCGGACGGUCACAAGACUCGGUUGCGGGGCGAGGGUGAGCCGCACAUGGACGGCGACCCUGGAGACCUGGUCAUAGUGCUCAACACGGAGCGCCACCCACGCUUCACAAGGCGCGGAGAUGAUCUCUACACCAAUGUCACCAUCUCACUUCAGGACGCUCUGACCGGCUUCACAAUCGAGCUGCCGCAUCUGGACGGCCACUCGGUCACGGUCUCCCGCGACAAGGUCACGUGGGCAGGCGCCCGCGUGCGCAAGAAGGGGGAGGGCAUGACCAACUUUGAGAACAACAACCUGCACGGAAACUUGUAUGUCACGUUUGACAUUGACUUCCCGAAGCAAGACUUCUCGGAUGAGGACAAAGAAGCUCUGCGGAAGAUACUUAAACAAGCACCAAACAACAAAGUGUAUAAUGGACUAUAAUAGUGGACAUUUUGCCAGUUAAUUUAUUUAAGUAGUGAAUCGAGUGAUUUCAAUGAACAAUAUGUUCUGAUGCAUAAGUAUGGUCUCGUGUUCCGUAUGUAUGGGAGGUGGCAUGUUUUUUAUAAAUAAAUAAUAAAACUGUCUUGUAGAA